CUCGCUCUCUUGCACUCGUGCUCGCGCGCUCGUCCUCUCUUUCAUUCGUUAGCGUAUUUGCCAGCAUACAGAACUAUUUCGUGCGAGCACGUCAGUUUGAAAUCGUCGCUCGCUGAAUUCACUUCGCAUCCAAGCCGACCCGCACGCAACGCGGCCGUCGCGCAACAAACAACCAACGACCGUCGAACUCGAGCUCGAACGCGACGUUCAAGUUGAAGUUGAAGCAAAACGCAAACAAAAAAUUACACACGAAAAAAAAGGAGAAUUUACCGCUUGCCUCGCCUCGCACCUGUGUAUGUUCUUGUGUCCUGUCAAUUUUGUGUUGUCGCGUCCAUCGCGUGUGUCUCUCAAUUGAAAUCGUGCAGCAAGAAAUUUGGCAAACCGAAUUCAAUUUGAAAUAUUGUGAAAUUGUUGUUGCAUUGUUUAUCCAGAAGAAGGAAGAAGAAGCAGGCAUAAGACAAAUGCCGAAAGUGUAUCAGACAUCGAAAAUGUGCUGACAAAUAGCAAGAGCAUAACAAAGAAAUCAAAAAUAUUCAAAUCCAAGAAAUAGAGCAAGAAAUUCUAAUAAAAUGUUGGCGCUUCGCCCAGUUCCAGCUCCAGUUCCAAUCGCAAGUGCAGUGCAAAAGUGCUGAAGUGCCCAAGUGCUGAAGUGAGGAGUUGCCAUUGAACCACGCCACGACAAGUGCUCCUCCGCAGAGGAGCUGACUGUCUUCUGCUCCCUCUUUUCGCUCCUCUUUCCGGUCCUCUUCUCGCCUCUCGCCUCGUCUCUAUUUCAUCUCUAUCUCUGUCUGUGUGAGUGUCGGCUUUCCAGGCCCCACCAAAAGCCGCCAAAAUUAAGUUCUCAAAGCAGAGCCAGCUCCACGCAUACCGGCAAACGGACAGCCUCUACGACGGUGGCACCGACACCGACGACGACGAAUGUCCUUUGGAGUCGACCACUAUGAAUCCCUACGAGUUUGAGUCGACGCUCGACUGCCGCGACACGGGCGGCGGGCCCUGCCCCGGCACCCUGCCCAUGACCGGACGCCACGCCCCCACCGCUGGUCCUGGCGGCUCCACCGCUGUGCACAGCCAAACGCUCCAGCACCAGCAGCAAAACCAACAGAAUUUACAAGCCGCGGCCGCAGCCGCCGCCGCCGCUGCAGCCGCUCAGCAGUCCUCGCACUACGACUACGAGUAUCAACACUUGCCGCAUCGUCCACCGGAUACCACAGCCAACUCGACGGCGCAGCGCACACACGGCAGACAAGGCUUUCUCCUGGAGGGAGUCACGCCAACAGCACCACCGGAUGUUCCGCCACGUAAUCCGACAAUGAGCCGCAUGAAUAAUGCUCGUUUAAUUGCCGGCGCUGUUGCUAACAAUCCCAAUGAUCUGGGCGUUGACUUUGAGCCAUCGUGUUUGGUGCGGACGCCAUCGGGCAACGUUUACAUUCCUAGUGGAAAUCUAAAUAUCAAUAAGGGCUCACCCAUCGACUACAAAAGCGGAUCAGCCUGCUCCACACCCACAAAAGACACGCUGAAGGGCGGCUACGAGCGCAGCACGCAAGGCUGCAUGGGCCCGGUGCUGCCGCCAAGGAGCAUGAACGGGAUGCCUACGCAUCAUUACUCGGCGCCGAUGAACUACCGCAAGGACCUGGCCGAGCGCUGCUCGGGCCAAUGCAACUGGGCCAGCAUCGCCAUGAUGGUGGUCCUGGCUGUAAUAUUUUUCCUGAUGGUCGGCCUGACGCUGUCCGGCACUCUGCGCUGGUCAGGGUCAGAACCAUGCCCUGUUCUAGUCGGCAACGAGGUCUCUGAGGUGACGGCUGCCAAGAGCACCAACACCGAUUUAUCCAAGCUGCACAAUGCAUCGGUACGCGCGAAAAAUGGCCAAGGCAUAGGAAUCGUUCAGGGACAGGCUGGAGGCGGUAGCGGCACGGCGACCGUCACAGCGGCCACAUCGAACAGCGGCACUGCUCAAGGACUGCAGUCGACAUCCACCUCGGCGGAGGCCACCUCCUCGGCAGCGGCCGCCACGGCAACGUCCUCCUCGUCUUCGUCGCUGGCGCCUUCGACCUCCCUCUCCUCAUCCUUGGCAAAUGCCAAUAAUGGAGCAAGUAAAGGAGGCACGAGAGCAGUGUCAACACGGCUGUCUGUCAACAAGGAUGGAAACAAACGACGCCGCAAUGAAAGAAGUUUAAUGGACUGGCAGYGGGGGCAGAACGAUGAUGAUGAUUUGCCUGCAGAAACUUUUAGCGACUUAAUUACAAGAGCAACUGGAGUUCAUGCACAAAAGUAUUUAGCUUUGACAACGACGCCAGCAUCCCAAUCUUCUAGCAUGCAGCGGCCCAGGGAGCCAACUGUCAUCGCUUUGGGUGCCCAGCAAAGCAAUUACGAUAAAACUUUGCACAAAAUCGAUCAAAUAUUGAAACUUGAGCAGAGCGAAGGAGAUGCCAUCAUAGACGACGACAUCAGCGACUAUGAGUAUGAAGAUGAAAGCGAAGACGAGCCAAAGAAGGAGACAACAGAGCGGCCAGUGCCUAAGACUAGGCAACAAUUUAGCAAAUCAUUAAACGGCGAUUUGCGUAAAGCAGGUAAAAUGCUUGCCAAACCCCAACGGAAGUUGCCGCUUGCCGAGACUGGCGAUACCAUCGAUGGCAACGCUGUCGAGUCAGAUACAGAGGCAAGCAGUGUUGCUUCUGUUAUUGAUGACUAUAAUCAAACUGACAGCACCAUCAGCGUGAGCGUGGAGGGUUCCGCGCUGACAACGACGUCAGAAAGUGACAACGAUGACGUUGUUGAAAUCGACACCACCGAAAAGAAUGGGAGGAUGUCCUCAACCGUCUCCAUUAUUGAAAAUGAUUUUCAAAUCAACCAGAAUACAGAAGCACAAGCACAAGCUCCAGCUGCAGCUGUAGCUGAAGUUGAAGUUGAAGCUGAAGCUGAAGCGAAGCAGAAACCUGCCGCUAAUGAUAACAAUAAUGAGCGUGAUUUACUUGAUAACAACGAGGAGCACAACAAUAAGGGGCGGCUACCCCCGCAGAGAAUAAAUCAAACGGUGUCCGACCUAAUGCUGAGCGAUGCAGCACUUUUGGAUAAUGGCGACAUCGAUAUAGUCAAAUUAGACGAAACGCCCAGCUCCAAUGAAGCUAACCUUUACAAGACGGCCGUUGAGCAAGCCAAACCAAGCCCGCACCAGCCUCCGCCAGCGAGUGAGAACGAGGUGUUUAAAGAUCAAGAUGGUGUAUUGCCGGCACGCUUGACACCACUGAAACCUUAUGUUAGCGAGCGCAUUGAUCGGCCCAGUAAGCGCAUUCUGGUAAAUCUGACCAUUGCCACGGAGGGCGACAGCGCCUCCGUCUAUACGCUCCAUGUUGAGGUGCCGACCGGCGACGGACCCCAUAACGUCGAGCAGGUGCUGACCCACGAAAGAAUGGCUGGAGAUGAAAACAACAAUUUGGAUAAUGGUGGCUCGUGUGUGUUUGAGCCACCGCCCCGAAUGCCCGAUUGCCCCUGCAGCUGCUUGCCCCCGGAGCCACUAAUUUUCGCGGACAACGACAACAGCCCGGUUGACAUUGACUCUGCCGUCCCGUCGACAGCGGCACCGCAUGCAGAAGAAGCUACUCUCUUAAGCCAUCAGCUUGAUUCGAGUGAUAACGAGCAGGUGGAAAGCCUGACUGACAGCACCGUUACUAACCUUCCUACCACUGACACUAAUAACAACAUUGCCGCUUCUGAUACUAGUUCUGAUGUGCUUGGUGGUGAAAAGAUUGCAUGCCCCGAUGUUAUGCCUAUACUCAUACUGGAAGGUGCUCGCACUUUCCCGGCGCGUAGUUUUCCGCCAGAUGGCACUACCUUUGGCCAGAUAACGUUGGGUCAGAAGCUAACGAAGGAAAUACAGCCGUACAGCUAUUGGAAUAUGCAGUUCUACCAAUCCGAACCGGCCUAUGUCAAGUUCGACUACACCAUUCCAAGGGGUGCAUCCAUUGGGGUGUACGGGCGUCGCAACGCGCUGCCCACGCACACGCAAUACCAUUUCAAAGAGGUUCUCAGUGGCUUCAGCGCCAGCACCCGCACCUCACGUGCAGCACACCUUUCCAUAACUCGGGAGGUGACUCGCUAUAUGGAGCCGGGGCACUGGUUCGUCUCGCUCUACAACGACGAUGGGGAUGUGCAGGAGUUGACUUUCUAUGCAGCCAUAGCAGAAGAUAUGACGCAGAACUGCCCGAAUGGGUGCUCCGGCAAUGGCCAGUGCCUGCUGGGACACUGCCAAUGCAAUCCCGGCUUCGGAGGCGACGACUGCAGUGAGAGCGUCUGCCCCGUGCUGUGCUCGCAGCAUGGCGAGUACAUCAAUGGCGAGUGCAUUUGCAAUCCGGGCUGGAAGGGCAAGGAGUGCUCACUGCGCCACGACGAGUGCGAGGUGGCCGAUUGCAAUGGGCAUGGGCAUUGCGUCAGCGGCAAAUGUCAGUGUAUGCGCGGCUACAAGGGCAAAUUUUGCGAAGAAGUGGAUUGCCCACAUCCCAAUUGCUCAGGACAUGGCUUCUGCGCCGACGGCACCUGCAUCUGCAAGAAGGGCUGGAAGGGCACUGACUGCGCCACCAUGGACCAGGACGCACUUCAAUGCCUGCCCGACUGCUCGGGUCAUGGCAACUUUGAUCUGGACACCCAAACCUGUACUUGCGAGACCAAGUGGAGUGGCGACGACUGCUCCAAGGAGCUGUGCGACCUCGACUGCGGCCAGCACGGUCGCUGCGAGGGCGACGCCUGUGCCUGCGACCCGGAAUGGGGUGGCGACUACUGCAACACCAAGCUGUGCGAUAGUCGUUGCAACGAGCACGGCCAGUGCAAGAACGGAACUUGUCUCUGCGUAACUGGAUGGAAUGGCAAGCACUGCACCAUCGAAGGCUGCCCCAACAGCUGUGCCGGCCACGGUCAGUGCCGGGUGAGCGGCGAGGGUCAAUGGGAAUGCCGCUGCUACGAAGGCUGGGACGGACCAGACUGUGGCAUAGCAUUGGAGCUCAACUGCGGCGAUAGCAAGGACAACGAUAAGGAUGGCCUGGUUGACUGCGAAGAUCCGGAGUGUUGCGCUAGCCACGUGUGUAAGACAUCCCAGCUCUGUGUAUCCGCACCCAAGCCCAUCGAUGUCCUCCUGAGAAAACAGCCCCCGGCAAUAACGGCCUCGUUCUUCGAGCGCAUGAAGUUUCUGAUCGACGAGAGCAGCCUGCAGAAUUAUGCUAAGCUGGAGACAUUUAAUGAGAGCAUUUUUUGGAAUUAUUUCAACGCAAGCCGUUCAGCAGUAAUCCGGGGACGAGUUGUCACCUCCCUGGGCAUGGGACUGGUGGGUGUGCGCGUAUCCACAACCACACUAUUGGAGGGCUUUACACUCACUCGCGAUGACGGAUGGUUUGAUCUAAUGGUCAACGGUGGAGGAGCCGUGACGUUGCAAUUCGGACGCGCUCCGUUCCGGCCUCAGUCACGCAUUGUGCAGGUUCCCUGGAACGAGGUCGUUAUAAUCGACGUAAUGGUUAUGAGCAUGUCCGAGGAGAAGGGUCUGGCUAUGGCUACAACGCACACUUGCUUCUCGCACGACUAUGAUCAAAUGAAGCCGGUUGUGUUGGCCUCGUGGAAGCAUGGCUUCCAGGGCGCCUGCCCAGAUCGCAGUGCCAUAUUAGCCGAGUCGCAGGUCAUCCAGGAAUCCUUGCAAAUACCCGGCACAGGUCUCAAUCUAGUUUAUCACUCCUCUCGCGCUGCGGGCUAUUUAUCUACUAUUAAACUCCAACUGACACCCGAUACGAUACCUGCCUCGCUUCAUCUCAUUCACUUGCGAAUCACCAUUGAAGGAAUCCUGUUCGAGCGCGUUUUUGAGGCAGACCCCGGCAUCAAAUUCACGUAUGCUUGGAACCGCUUAAACAUAUAUAGACAACGUGUCUAUGGCGUCACGACAGCCGUUGUCAAAGUGGGCUACCAAUAUACCGACUGCAAGGACAUUGUGUGGGACAUACAGACGACUAAACUUAGUGGGCACGACAUGUCAAUCUCAGAGGUCGGCGGCUGGAAUCUGGAUAUCCACCAUCGUUACAACUUCCACGAGGGAAUUCUUCAGAAGGGCGACGGCUCCAAUAUCUAUCUGCGCAACAAGCCUCGCAUUAUCCUUACUACAAUGGGCGAUGGCCACCAGCGACCUCUCGAGUGCCAGGACUGCGAUGGCUUGGCUAUGAAGCAGCGCCUGCUUGCUCCAGUCGCCUUAGCUGCCGCGCCAGAUGGAAGUCUAUUUGUUGGCGACUUCAACUAUAUUCGCCGAAUAAUGACCGAUGGUAGCGUUCGCACCGUUGUUAAGCUGAACGCCACACGCGUCUCAUAUCGGUAUCACAUGGCUCUGAGUCCGCUUGAUGGCACUCUUUACGUGUCCGAUCCAGAAUCUCACCAAAUUAUUCGAGUGCGCGACAUCAGUGACUACUCACAGCCGGAACAGAACUGGGAGGCAAUCGUCGGCUCUGGGGAACGGUGCUUGCCCGGCGAUGAGGCGCAUUGCGGAGACGGUGCCCUCGCCAAAGACGCAAAGCUGGCGUAUCCCAAAGGCAUUGCCAUCUCAAGUGACAACAUUCUUUACUUCGCGGACGGUACCAACAUCCGCAUGGUGGACCGUGAUGGCAUCGUGAGCACACUAAUCGGCAACCACAUGCACAAGUCGCACUGGAAGCCCAUCCCGUGUGAGGGUACGCUGAAACUAGAGGAGAUGCAUUUACGCUGGCCAACUGAACUCGCUGUGUCGCCAAUGGAUAACACUCUACACAUCAUUGACGACCACAUGAUUCUACGGAUGACACCGGACGGGCGUGUGCGCGUUAUAUCCGGACGCCCACUACAUUGCGCUACAGCUACCACUGCGUACGACACCGACCUGGCCACGCAUGCUACUCUGGUCAUGCCGCAGUCCAUUGCAUUUGGACCGCUAGGAGAGCUGUUUGUUGCAGAAAGCGAUUCUCAGCGCAUCAAUCGCGUGCGCGUUAUCGGCACGGAUGGUCGAAUUGCGUCGUUUGCGGGAGCUGAGUCCAAGUGCAACUGUCUAGAGCGUGGAUGCGAUUGCUUCGAGGCUGAUCACUAUCUGGCCACAAGCGCUAAGUUCAAUACCAUCGCAGCUCUAUCUGUCACCCCCGACGGACACGUGCACAUUGCCGAUCAGGCUAACUAUCGAAUACGCUCUGUGAUGUCCAGCAUUCCUGAGGCGAGUCCUUCCCGGGAGUACGAGAUUUAUGCGCCAGAUAUGCAGGAGAUAUACAUCUUCAAUAGGUUUGGUCAGCACGUCUCUACUCGUAAUAUUUUAACUGGAGAAACCACCUACGUAUUCACCUACAAUGUUAACACAUCGAACGGAAAGCUGAGCACCGUAACGGAUGCAGCCGGCAACAAAGUCUUCCUUCUGCGAGACUACACUUCUCAAGUGAAUUCGAUUGAAAACACCAAGGGACAAAAGUGUCGGCUCCGCAUGACUCGGAUGAAAAUGCUGCAUGAGUUGAGCACUCCGGACAACUACAAUGUCACCUACGAAUACCAUGGUCCUACGGGAUUGUUAAAAACAAAGCUUGACUCCACUGGACGUUCUUACGUCUACAACUACGAUGAGUUUGGACGUCUAACUUCAGCUGUAACACCAACUGGUAGAGUCAUUGAACUCAACUUCGAUUUGAGUGUGAAGGGAGCCCAAGUAAAGGUCUCGGAAAACGCACAGAAGGAGAUCUCAAUGUUAAUUCAAGGCACUACCGUUAUCGUUAAGAAUGGAGCCGCAGAGUCGCGUACUACGGUAGAGAUGGACGGAUCGACAACGAGCAUCACACCAUGGGGACACAAUCUGCAAACAGAAGUUGUUCCCUAUACGAUUUUAGCCGAACAAAGUCCACUAUUAGGCGAAAGCUACCCAGUGCCAGCCAGGCAGCGCACAGAGAUUGCCGGGGACCUGGCCAAUCGAUUCGAAUGGCGCUACUUUGUGCGACGCCAACAGCCUUUGCAGCAGGGUAAACAAAACAAGGGCGCCCCCCGUCCAGUCACUGAAGUAGGACGCAAGCUGCGUGUCAAUGGAGACAACGUGCUCACGCUGGAAUACGAUCGUGAAACACAGUCCGUUGUUGUCAUGGUUGAUGACAAACAAGAGCUUCUUAAUGUAACUUACGAUCGUACUUCGCGUCCUGUCAGCUUCCGCCCUCAAUCCGGGGACUAUGCCGAUGUUGAUCUGGAGUACGAUCGAUUUGGACGCUUGGUCAGCUGGAAAUGGGGAGUCCUACAAGAAGCCUAUACCUUCGACCGCAACGGGCGCUUAAAUGAGAUCAAGUAUGGUGAUGGGUCAUCGAUGAUUUACACCUUUAAGGACAUGUUUGGCUCACUACCGCUUAAAGUGACCACACCCCGUCGAUCAGAUUAUUUACUUCAAUAUGAUGAUGCUGGCGCUCUACAAAGUUUGACGACACCAAGAGGUCAUAUCCACUCGUUCUCGCUACAAACCUCACUUGGCUUCUUUAAGUAUCAGUAUUAUUCGCCCAUCAAUCGACAUCCAUUUGAGAUCCUUUAUAACGACGAAGGCCAGAUUCUAGCAAAAAUACAUCCACAUCAAUCUGGCAAAGUGGCAUUCGUACAUGACGCUGCAGGACGACUUGAAACCAUUUUGGCAGGACUUUCGAGUACCCAUUACACUUAUCAAGAAGCAACAAGUCUGGUGAAGUCCGUUGAAGUGCAAGAGCCCGGUUUCGAGCUUCGCCGCGAGCUAAAGUAUCACGCAGGCAUUCUGAAAGACGAAAAACUGAGAUUUGGAUCUAAGAACUCACUAGCUUCGGCCCACUACAAAUAUGCCUACGAUGGCAACGCACGUCUAAGCGGUAUUGAGAUGGCUAUUGAUGACAAGGAGCUGCCCACCACUCGAUACAAGUACAGUCAGAAUCUAGGCCAGCUUGAAGUAGUGCAGGAUCUGAAGAUUACUCGCAACGCCUUUAACCGGACCGUAAUCCAGGACUCAGCCAAACAAUUCUUUACCAUAGUUGACUACGAUCAACAUGGGCGUGCUAAGAGCGUUUUAAUGAACAUCAAGAGCUUCGACGUGUUCCGCUUGGAACUGGACUACGAUCUGCGUAAUCGUAUAAAGUCUCAAAAGACCACCUUUGGCAGGUCGACGGCCUUUGACAAGAUUAACUACAAUGCGGAUGGACAUGUCAUUGAAGUUCUAGGCACAAACAACUGGAAGUAUCUGUACGACGAGAACGGCAACACCGUGGGUAUUGUCGAUCAGGGUGAGAAAAUAAACCUUGGCUACGAUAUUGGCGAUAGAGUCAUUAAGGUGGGAGAUGUCGAAUUCAACAACUAUGAUGCCAGGGGCUUUGUAGUGCGACGAGGCGAGCAAAAGUAUAGAUACAAUAACCGAGGUCAACUGAUACACGCUUUCGAACGAGACCGUUUCCAAAGCUGGUAUUACUACGAUGAUCGUAGCCGCCUUGUAGCCUGGCAUGACAGCAAGGGAAACGUGACGCAGUACUAUUAUGCUAACCCUAAAACCCCGAAGCUGGUUACUCACGUGCACUUCCCCAAAUUGGGAAAGACCAUGAAGUUUUAUUACGAUGAUCGCGAUAUGCUGAUUGCACUGGAGAACGGCGAAUUGCGUUACUAUGUGGCUACCGAUCAAAAUGGUUCACCACUCGCGUUCUUCGAUAUGAACGGCAGUAUUAUGAAGGAGGUGAAGCGCACGCCAUUUGGUCGCACUAUCAAGGACACCAAGCCCGACUUCUUUGUGCCCAUUGAUUUCCAUGGAGGACUCAUAGAUCCUCACACAAAACUGAUCUACACGGAACAGCGCCAAUACGAUCCAACUGUCGGUCAAUGGAUGACGCCACUCUGGGAGACGCUGGCCACUGAAAUGUCAAACCCCACAGAUGUAUUUAUCUAUCGCUACCACAACAACGACCCCAUCAACCGUAAUAAGCCACAGAACUACAUGAUCGACCUAGACGCUUGGCUGCAGCUCUUCGGCUACGAACUCAACAACAUGCAGAGCAAUAAAUAUACCAAGCUGUCGCAAUAUGUCCCACAGGCCACGAUCAAGUCGAAUUCCCUGGCACCAGAUUUUGGUGUUAUAUCGGGCUUGGAGUGCAUUGUCGAAAAGAUUAACGAAAAGUUCAGUGACUUUGAUUUUGCCCCCAAGCCACUGCUCAAGAUGGAGCCCAAGAUGCGAAAUCUGCUGCCCCGUGUGAGCUAUCGUCGAGCUGUCUUUGGCGAAGGAGUUCUGCUAUCCAGAAUCGGAGGACGAGCCUUGGUCAGCGUGGUGGAUGGUUCUAAUAGCGUCGUUCAGGAUGUAGUUAGCUCUGUUUUCAAUAACUCCUACUUCUUAGAUCUGCACUUCAGCAUACACGACCAAGAUGUAUUCUACUUUGUCAAGGACAACGUUCUCAAGUUGCGAGAUGACAAUGAAGAAUUGCGUCGCCUUGGCGGCAUGUUCAACAUAUCAACGCACGAAAUUAGCGAUCAUGGGGGUAGCGCUGCUAAGGAGCUGCGCCUUCAUGGACCCGAAGCUGUAGUUAUAAUAAAGUAUGGAGUGGAUCCCGAACAAGAGCGACAUCGCAUACUCAAGCACGCCCACAAGCGAGCAGUAGAGCGCGCCUGGGAGUUGGAGAAACAACUGGUAGCAGCAGGUUUUCAAGGCCGUGGCGACUGGACAGAAGAGGAAAAAGAGGAGCUCAUACAACAUGGAGACGUCGAUGGCUGGAUCGGCAUUGAUAUUCAUAGCAUACACAAGUACCCACAGCUGGCCGAUGAUCCCGGCAAUGUGGCCUUCCAACGCGAUGCCAAACGCAAGCGCCGCAAGACUGGAAGCAGUCAUCACAGCAGUUCCAGUCGGAGACAGCAGAAAUAUGGAGAACUGACCGCGUGAGUGGAGGAGGACCUUGAGAAUGAAGCUAGCGAUGAAGCCAUAGAGGAGUAUGACGGGCCAGAGGACUAUUUAAUAGCUGUGGGCAACUUAAUCCAUAAGACAAGCACGGAUACAACCGUUGAGCAGUUUUUGUAAUUACCUAGGUGAAAUGCAACAGCGAUAAGAAAUAUAAGCGAUAGACGAUAACCAUUAAGCACAAUACACA